UUAAGUAAUGCACACACUGUUGGGGCCACUCCCACUCACUCACACAGGAAGUGAAAUGUGGAAGCGCAACUGAAGGAUACAAGAAAAGAUCUCACAUCUGGAGCUUUUAGGUCACUACUGCUGCCAAAACAAGUCUUUGUUUCCCUCUAAGUGCUAGGUAAUGGCUGCUCUCGGGGCUUUUCUCACUCUUGCCGUCUGUCUCCUGCUGGGUCAUCAAACAUUUGCCAAAAACGAUGCUCCCUGCCAGCUCUCUAAAUGGAACAACGGCUUCAGCACCUUCACCAAACGCCACAUUCGUGCUGGUACUCCUACUUCUCUGGACCAGAACGAAUGGGAGAAGUACAUCAAGAAUAACGGGGGCUGUGAAAGACCCACCCAGUCCUUCCUGCACCCAAGCGACCUGGACAGGGUGAAGGCUGUGUGUACUAACAAGGGGGGGGCAGUGUAUAAGGACAACCUGUGCAUCAGCCGGCAGUCUUUCACUUUUGUCACGGUGAGGAGUAUACAGGGGACAUGCGGGAUCAAGAGCGUCCGAGAGGAAACCAAACAUCUGAUCCUGGCCUGUGAUGAGCUGGACAAUCAGUGCCUACCGGUGCAUUUUGAGGGAAACCCUGAAAAUGCAAAGCCAAAUAACAACGCCAAAGGCUGCCAGGACCCACGCACUGCUGGUCAUACUCCAAGCCCUGCUGGUCAUGCUCCAAGCUUUAAAAUGACGUGGCUCUGGUUGUUUUCUGUUAUUCUUGUUAUUAUUUAUGGCUAUCAAAAUUAAUUUGAGAAACUAGCAAUAAGUCUCCUGAACACAUUUGAGUCUUUUCAUUUCAUUUUCAUUUGAAAGGUGCUUUAAAACAGUGUUUUGUAUUCUUAUUAAAUCACCAAGAUAUUUUAAAAAAAAACUAGAAGUAUUUUUGUACCACUAUUCUAUGCUUGUGCCUGUGUAUCUGUGACUUUGUAUCUCUGAGAGUUAAUGAAAGGGUUGGUACUCUAAAGGCAUUUCAUUUAAAGCUACAGUAGUUAGUGCAUGUAUGGCACAGAUGUGAAUGUGAUGCUGAAUUCAAAUCAUUCUCUAUGUUGUAUGUAUUUACAUGAAAAGGGCAGUAUUGCAGUACAAAAAGGAUUGAACUGAAUUUAAUACAUGUAUGGUAUGACUUAAUAAACAGAAGAUGUAUUCAUUUACAGUCAUUUACACACUGGUUUAUUAUCAGUGCAU